GUAGGAGGGGUUGUAGUGACGCUGUUAUCCAAUGGGCACCGGCUUCCUCCGGACGGAGCGCAGCAUCUCUGUCUCAGCGGCACUUUUGCGCCAGACAAGUACGGUCGGCGUCUCACUCAGCAGUGGAGAAGAGGAAGACAGCGGUCCGGGAAUUACUGAGGUGUAUUUGGCGAAGAAGACUCAUCUUUUCCUCUUUUUCCCCCCACCAACACGCGGGUUUUGCAAAGAUGAACGCUGGCUGCGUCAUCUUGGCGUGCACCUUACUUGUGGGCGCAUCCUCGGGGAGUAAGGCAGGCCAGCCCCUCAAACCCCCGUGCAGACCAGGCUUCUCCCAGAACUUCUACACGGUGAUUGUCUCAAGAGACGUACUGCACGGCCAGAGCAUUCUUAAAGAUACCACCCUGUCCAGUGAACGUGUGAAGUUUGAGGACUGCCAGCGCAACAGAGAGGUCGGCUUCGUCAGCAGCGACCCCAACUUUAGCGUGCGGCCCGAUGGGACUGUGUAUGCCGAGCAGGAGGUGGCCAACCUGUCAGAGCCUGUCCAGUUCAUGGUAACAGCCCGGGGGCUCCAUGACCCACACAUCUGGGAGACCACUGUUAAACUGGCCCUGGCUGGACAUCCGCAUCCUUCGCCAUUCACAAAGAUUGGCAUUGAGGAAAUGCUGUCAAGAGUCUGGGACUCACCACCCAGGGUUAUCAAGUUCCUUCGAAAACAUCAGCGAGGCUCCUCUGCCAACGGGCUGAGGCGACAGAAGCGAGACUGGGUCAUCCCGCCUAUUAAUGUGCCUGAAAACUCCAGAGGACCUUUCCCUCAUAUGCUUGUCAGAAUCCGCUCGGAUCAGGAUAAGGAUGUCGGCAUCCGCUACAGCAUCACCGGAGCAGGCGCUGAUCAGCCCCCGAGUGGUAUCUACAACAUAGAUCCCAUCAGCGGCAACAUGUUUGUCACCCAACCUCUGGACAGAGAGGAAAGAGCCUCCUUCCAUCUGCGUGCACAUGCAGUGGACAUGAACGGGAACCAGGUGGAGAAUCCGAUCGACCUGUACAUCUAUGUGAUCGACAUGAAUGACAACAGACCCGAGUUUCAAAACCAGGUGUAUAACGGCUCUGUGGCAGAAGGAUCCAAACCAGGCUCGUCUGUGAUGCAGGUUACCGCCACAGACUCGGACGACUCCACCACAGCGAACGGCAUGGUGCGCUACCGCAUCCUCUCCCAGAGCCCCCACAGCCCCAUCCCCAACAUGUUCACCAUCAACAGUGAGACUGGAGACAUAGUUACGGUGGCAGCCGGCCUGGACAGAGAGAAAGUCUCUCAGUACACCAUUAUUGUCCAGGCCACUGACAUGGAGGGCAACCUGAAUUUUGGACUCUCCAACACAGCCACCGCCCUCAUCUCUAUUACAGACAUCAACGACAACCCGCCUGAACUGACAGUGAGGACGUUUUCCGGGGAGGUUCCGGAGAACAAAGUAAACGUGGUGGUGACCAACCUGACAGUGGUGGACCGGGAUCAGCCCCACAGUCCCAACUGGAACGCAGUCUAUCGCAUUGUCAGCGGAGACCCAUCUGGACACUUCACCAUCCGCACCAAUCCCAUCACAAACGAGGGCAUGCUGACCGUGGUCAAGCCCGUGGAUUUUGAGUUUAAUCGUGCCUUCAUGCUAACUGUGGUGGUGUCCAACCAGGCCCACUUGGCCAGUGGCAUCCAGUCCUCGCUUCAGUCCACAGCAGGCGUAACCAUCUCUGUGCAGGAUGUGAAUGAGCCGCCUGUCUUCCCCGUCAACCCAAAAGUGAUUCGCUUUGAAGAAGGUGUGCCAGCAGGGACCACUCUUACCGUGUUUGCGGCUCAAGACCCGGACCACUUUAUUCACCAGACUGUCAGGUACUCUAAGUUAUCAGAUCCAGCGAACUGGCUGAAGAUUAACAGGACCAAUGGUCAGAUCACCACCAUGGCCCUGCUCGACCGGGAGUCCAUAUAUGUCAAGAACAAUGUGUACGAGGCAACAUUCCUGGCAUUCGACAAUGGUAAGUCUGGUUCGCCUCAAGCCAGCGGGACAGGAACCCUCCAGAUCAACUUGAUCGACGUAAACGACAACGCGCCCGUGCUGAUACCCCGGGAGGCGCAAGUGUGCGAACGAGCACGCCCCAACUCUAGGAUCAACAUCACAGCUUCCGAUGCUGAUGCCGAACCCAACAUAGGGCCGUUUGUCUUCGAGCUGCCUUCUUUUCCUGCAAGCGUUCGACGAAACUGGACCAUUUCCAGACUGAACGGUGACUAUGCUCAGCUAAGGCUUAGGAUUCCCUACCUGGAAGCAAGUGUGUACGAGAUUCCCAUCAUUGUGUCAGACUCGGGAAACCCUCCACUGUCCAACCGCUCUGUAAUCAGGGUCAAAGUGUGUCCGUGUGAUGAUAACGGGGACUGUAGUGCCACGGGAGCCGUGGCAGCUGCUGGCCUUGGCACUGGGGCCAUCAUUGCCAUACUCAUCUGCAUCAUCAUACUACUCAGCAUGGUUCUGCUGUUUGUGGUCUGGAUGAAGCGCAGGGAAAAGGAGCGGCAAGCGAAGCCCCUGCUGAUUGACCCUGAGGAUGACGUCAGGGACAACAUCCUCAAGUAUGAUGAAGAGGGAGGAGGAGAGGAGGACCAGGACUACGACUUGAGCCAGCUGCAGCAGCCGGAGUCUCUGGACCACAUCAUCAACAAGCCGACAGGGGUGCGCAGGGUGGAUGAGAGGCCUGUGAUUGCUGAGUCGCAGUACCCUGUCAGACCCAGCUUGCCCCACCCUGGAGACAUAGGCGACUUCAUAAAUGAUGGUCUGAGGGCAGCAGACAACGACCCCACCGCUCCUCCCUACGACUCCCUGCUGGUGUUUGACUACGAGGGCAGCGGUUCCACCGCCGGUUCUGUCAGCUCGCUCAACUCCACCAGCUCAGGGGACCAGGACUACGACUACCUCAACGACUGGGGCCCCCGCUUUAAGAAGCUGGCUGACCUCUACGGAGGAGGGGACGAUGACUGAGAGCGGCGCCUCGGGGCUGGGUGGGGUUGCAGAUGGGAGAGGCGGGACCGGCUGGAUGGACGUUGCUGUAAACAGCAAGGAGUGGCCAACUACACGACGCAGGCUCCGUGUGAGGAAUGGACCCAUACAUGGGCUGCAUUUGUUUACUCACAGCAACCAGGCCCGCAAACAUGAAUUCUGCUGCAACGCAACUGUAUUCUGGCUUUAUAUAUUUUAAUUUUUUUUUUUUUGUGGCAAAUUUGUAGUGUGAUGUUUCGUUUUUCAUUUUAAUUUUCUUUUGUUAAUCUCUCACUGCGCUGGAUCCGGAUGUCCCAAGGCGGUCAUGAGAGACAGGAGCAGUGAAUUUGUGCUUGGAUUCAUUGUUAAAAAGAAACAAUGUCUCUCGCUUUAGUUUCACACUGAAGAGUAUGUUUUUGGGGAAGACGCUCUCUGACUCUCUCUUUAA